CUACUUAAACCAAACAAAAGUAUUGUUGUUCAUAAGUUCAAAAAGCUUCUUGAAACAUCACGGAUCGUCCCAAUAAAAGACCAAUAAUUCUAUGAGUGAACGAAACUCAUAACUUGUACCAGAUAGAAUAUAACCACGAAAUCCUAAUCCCAUCGUACCAAAUUGCUGAUGUAUGCCAAAUCUUUUGUUUUUUCUUAAUCUUCCACGUCAAUAAAGAAACCCAUCUACUGUUCCUUUUCCUUCCACACCAACACUCCCAUGGCUUCCACUCCUCACUUUCUUCUCUUCCCUUUCAUGGCACAAGGCCACAUGAUCCCCAUGAUCGACCUCGCCAAGCUUCUCGCUCGCCGUGGUGCCAUUGUCACCAUCUUCGCCACCCCCCACAACGCCACUCGCAACAACUCUGUUUUAGCUCGCGCCAUUGACUCUGGCUUGCAAAUCCAUGUCGUUCAAAUCCCAUUCCCUUGCACCAAAGCCGGCCUACCUGAAGGCUGCGAGAAUAUGGACUUGCUACCCUCAUUAGGUUCCGUCCCCACCUUCUUCAGAGCCACAUAUCUCCUUUACGAUUCAUCCGAUGAACUGUUGCAGCAACUCUGCCCUCCACCUACUGCCAUCAUUUCCGAUACCUGCCUCCCUUGGACCUUAAGCCUUGCUCAGAAACACAACAUUCCCAGGCUUGUUUACUACAGCUUGAGUUGCUUAUAUUUUCUUUGUUUGAAGGAUUUAGAAAUGAAGGGGCCUCUUAUUCAAUCCAUCUCUGAUUCUGAUAUCGUAACUUUAGUCGAUGGAUUCAAAUUUCGCAAGGCGCAGCUACCGAAAUCCGUUGACGAAGAUAUGAAGGCUUUUGUUAAGGAAAUAAACGAAACCGAUUGGUCGUCACACGGCGUUAUUUUUAAUUCAUUUGAGGAGCUGGAGCCUAAGAAUCUUGCGGAUUAUAAGAAGCUAAGAGAAUUUCCAGACAGAGUGUGGUGUGUUGGCCCUGUUUGGCUUUGUAACGACGACAAACUCGACAGAGCUUACAGAGGAAACAGAGCUUCAAUCGACGAAAACGAAUGUACCAAAUGGCUGGACGAGCGGGACCCAUGUUCGGUCAUUUACGUAUCGUUGGGAAGUCUGUGCAAUUUGGUGACGGCGCAACUCAUAGAGCUUGGACUGGGAUUGGAGGCAUCAAACAAGCCAUUCAUUUGGGUCAUACGAAAAGGGAAUUUAACAGAGGAGCUACUGAAAUGGCUUGAAGAGUACGAUUUUGAAGGGAAGAUCAAAGGAAGAGGCUUUUUGAUUCGUGGGUGGGCACCUCAAGUUUUGAUACUUUCACACCCUUCAAUUGGGUGUUUUUUGACGCACUGCGGAUGGAAUUCCAGCAUGGAAGGGAUAACGGCGGGGGUUCCUUUGAUAACUUGGCCGCUUUUUGCAGAUCAAAUAUUCAACCAGACGUUGAUUGUGGAGAUUCUGAGAAUCGGCGUAAGUUUGGGGGUGGAAGAGGGUAUACCUUGGGGAGAGGAAGAGGAGAAAGGGAUUGUGGUGAAGAAAGAAAAAGUAAAAGAAGCCAUUGAAAUGGUAAUGGAAGGAGAAAACAGAGAAGAGGUGAAGAAGAGAUGCAGAGAGCUGGGGGAGAAGGCGAAAAUGGCGGUUGAAGAAGGCGGCUCCUCUUACCGGAACCUCACUCUUCUAAUUCAAUAUGCUCAAAAAAACUUUGAACUAUAAACUAUUUGUAAUUCAAUUAUCUUCUGUUUUCUAUUAACAUACGUUUUUCAUGUGAAUAACAGUUUGUUGUUUUUUCUUUUGAUA